UGAAUUUAAAUGCUACUGUGAAGGUAGUUUUAGUUUGACAAAGUCAUGGAUUGUUAGUUGUUUAAUUCAGUUUGCUCUUUAAUUUUAUCAUAAUAAUCGACAACUAAGAUUCGAAAUUAAACAUGGUUGUCACCGAUCCUACUAACUACUUGCAAUUAAACAAAUGGAUGAGUUGUCUACCCAAUAAAUUGCAGCAUACUCCACUUAAUUUAAUUUCAAUCCCAGGUUCACACGAUUCCGCUUCCUAUUCACUAAGACAUGGGCGAGGUUUGGCACCAGACAGAUCAUGGGAUGGAGCAUUCACUGCAAUCCAUUUGUUUCCCAAGUUGACUGGACGUUUUGUGAUCAAAAAAUGGUUCAAAACACAAAGGGUUGAUGUUCUUGAUCAACUCAACCAUGGUGUACGAUAUUUUGACCUUCGUGUUGCCUCUGAUCCUUGUGAUGGAGAUCUCUACUUUGUUCAUGGGCUGUAUGGUGAUAAGAUAAUCUCAUUACUCAGACCUAUGCGAGAUUUUUUGGAUGAAAACCAACAAGAAAUUGUUUUUCUUGAUUUUCAACAUUUCCACCAAGUAUCCCAUGCUCAACAUCAUAUUCUGAUCAAUGGAUUGAUCCAAUUGUUUGGCAGUAAAAUUUGCCCAUAUGUUAAAUAUCGACGUAUUGAGGAACUGACUUUAGCCGAAAUGUGGUCUAAAAAAUAUCAGAUUAUUAUCUUUUACCGUGAUGAUGAUUUAACUGGAAGAUAUAAUGAACUUUGGCCUGGUUCUAUGUUACUCAAUCCUUGGGGAAACACAGCUUGUCAGUCAAAAUUGAUUCCUUUCUUGUGGUCAGGCCUAUCAUCCCGUCCCAUGGAUAAAUUUUAUGUCCAUCAGGCCAUUUUAUCUCCAUCCAAAGCUUUAGUGAUUCGCAAUAUUUGCAACAAUCUUUAUUCACGCCUUUCGAAAAAUGGAAAUCAGAAAAUUGAAGAAUGGCUUUUGGAAGUUAAAAAGACUAAUUUCAAACCCAAUAUAAUUAUGGUUGAUUUUGUUGAUUACAGUGAUUAUAUUUUGGCAAAAAGGACUAUUUUAAUCAAUUAUGACUAUCUUGAUAUGCGAUGAUAAAAUGUUUACCAUAAUAUUUGCUUGUUAUUUUUUAUAUCAUCUACUUAGGAUAUCAUUAAUUUCCAACAAUAUCAAUUAUUAUUGUUAAUUUUAUUGCUGUACAAAUGCAUGUGUAUAUUUAGAAAUACUAUCAUAUUAAACGAUCUUUUUUUCUCG